GUCCGUGACCACUGAACGCACCGCGGUCACGUGACAAAGAAAACCGCCUGCACUUGCUCGGAGGAGCGAAAAGAUCAUUUUCAUUGAGACAUUAAAGAUGGACAGAGGAGACAACUCCAACGCCGUGGUGUGCAACUUAUGUGGGGAGGCAUUUACUCUGCCUGAGGAUGAAGCUGAUGGUAACCUCCCUCGUGUGCUUUCAUGUGGCCACAUCUACUGCACAACUUGCCUGCUGUCCAUUCAGUAUGACAGCGUCAUUCGAUGUCCAGAGUGUGAGGUUGAGUUCACUGUUCCUGAAGGUGGGGUGUAUGGGCUGCAAGAAGAAAGCAGAAUCAUCGGCCUCAUGUACACUGCUAAAAUGAACAAGAUAAGAAGGUGUGAACGAUUAAAGACUUACAGAAGGAAAACGUUCCCACCAUCCCCAGACAUGAAUGCCAAUAAAGGGGAUAUGCAGCAGCCAGCUGAUCUUAAGAAGAUCAAGAAGACUGUGGAUGAGGCGUUAUGCCGAGGAGCAGAAAACCUUGCCCAGCUGGAACACAUCUACAAGACUCUGACAACUGGACUGGCGGAACAAGUGAAGAGAGAGAGAGCUCGGCUGGAGAUGGAGCUCAAGCAAGCUGCAGACAAAGCUGUACAUGCUGUUCAAAAGUGGAAGGAUGUGCAGUUGAAGCAGCUGUCAAAACUGGAGGCACAAUUCUCCACCACUCAGGUCGUUGUCUGUUGUGUUCGGGAGAGGAUUAAGGCCCUGAAGAUUUCCAUGCAGAUGGCCAAAGAAAUCUGUCGUGUCCCCUUUCUGGAGCAGCACUGCACCCUCGACAAGGUUCUGAAGACGUUGCAGGCUCCUGUGGAUAGCCGGUCCUUUGAUAUGAAAUGCACAAAUAUGGAUUCUGGAAUGAGCUGUGUUUUCCAGUCAGAAGGCCUGAAGCAGAGUCUAUCAUUGUCUCUGAAGAUGGAAGAAGGCAACCAAAAGCAAUGCUCCCCGUGGCGAGCAGAGAGCAAGAACAGCAACUGUACCCCACCCAAACCUAGGUGCGCCAACACACGAAAACAGGCCCAGAAGAGCCCCGCAUCUCACAGUUUGUCAUCGGAGAGCUCGUCUCCAAGCCCAAAACCUCGUCACAGGUUCAGAAUCUCUCAGCACAACGCGACCUCAAACCUCCAAACCCCAGACGUAAUUGUUGAGCACUUAGAGGAAAGUCAAAAACACGCUCUUCCACCCACUGGUCCUGAGCUGGCUAAUGGCAGAGGGAGAAUCAACAGGAGGAGGAGAUGUCAGGUGUUUGACAAGAGCAGAAGUGUCACUCAGUGGGUGGUGGUAGCCCACAUUGUGAAUCCAAAUCAGUUCUACGUCCACUAUGUGACCGAGAAGAAGGAAAACGAGACGCUGUCUAGGAAGAUCAACCAGUUCUGCUACAAAGAUGGUUCUCACUUCACCGCCAGUGACACUGUGGAGACUGGCUCAGUGGUCUUUGUCAAGUGGACCGAUGGGCUCUGGUGCCGAGCCAAUGUGCUUCAAAUGGUGGAGAUCGGAUGUGUGGAGGAUGUGAAAGCCUGCCCAGUUGACCAGCUCGCCAGCAUCCAAGUCUACUUCCUUGACUAUGGCCUCACCAAAAGCCUCAUCAUACAGAAUGACGAGGCGACCACUGAGUCCUCUCUGAAGGCUGUGAAUAACCACCUGAGGAAGGUGACUGAGGCGAUGAACAUGGAGCUGGGUCACUUUGUCCCUCAGGCCAUCAGAUGUUCCCUCAAAGACCUCGUCCCAUAUGACCUGACAAAGGGUUGGAGUGAAGAGGCUCGGGCUGAAUUCCACAACGUCGUUGGCUCAGCAGCAGUGGAGAUGAGGCUUCUAGGUCAGGAUGGAGACUCUUUAUUGGUGGACCUGAGGAAAGCCCCCAUGAACCAAUCCAGUGACGUGCCCAUCUCUGUCAGAGAGUACCUCGUUUUCAUUGAAGUGGCCAGGUUUUAUUCUCCAGUGACGUUGGGCAGAAAGCCCCUGCUGUACUACCCCCCUGUCUAUCCCAAGAUCAACACAGAGGUCGAUGUUGUGGUGUCGCACAUCAAUAACCCUGCUGACUUCUUCAUCCAGCUGGUUCAUAACAUGGAGUCCUUGUUGCUCUCAGCUAAGCUCCAGGAGUGUUACAGUGCAACAGAGACCGGAGGAGAUCACCUCAGAGUCUACUGCCCUGUGAUGGGACAGGCCUAUGUUGCCCGCUAUGAUGACAAGUGGUACAGAGCUCAGGUCAUAGGGCAUCCAGGGGGCAGAGAAGUGGAGGUGUAUUAUGUGGACUUUGGCAAUAAGAACAUCUUGUCAGUCAGUGACUUGAGAAUGAUCAAAGAUGAGUUCUUUGCUCUUCCUUCAAUGGCAAUCCACUGCUGUUUGUCUGACGUGAUUCCUCUGGAUGGAGAGAGCUGGAGUGAUGCCUGCACCAAAAGACUCAUCAGCCUGGUUUACCAGAAACUUGUCACUAUUGUGGCUACAGAAACCGUCCCUAAGACCAAGCCUCUGCCAAUCAAACUGUUUGAGAGCAUCCUGGACAGGCCUCUGUCCAAUAUUGCUGAACUCCUGGUCAAAGAGGGACUGGCCUGCUUCAAAAGGGGACUUAAGUCUAAGGAUGCCUCGCUCCCUGGUGAUGAGUCUGCCGUAUGGGACCCUCCACUUGAGCAUAGUUUGGCCACAGGCGAUGCUGAUGCCCCUGACCAAAAGAUCACUGGAGAGCAGGGCGAGGAGCUGCUGGAUGUACAGCCUCUGCUGAAGCUCCAGACACAGCUCAAGGACCUGAAAGUCAAAGUCAGUCACGUCAACUCACCGAGCAGCUUCUACGUCCAGCUCCUUCAGUACAACUCUCAGCUUAAAAGGGUGUGUGAGCUGGUGAAGAAGGAGUGUGCGCUUACGGAGCCCCAAGAUGUGGCGUGGAAGGCUGACAUGUACUGUGCUGCUCACAUGAACGGAGUUUGGGAGAGAGGACAGAUCAGCUCUGACGUCACAUCCAGCGACAUCGCAGAGUUGAUGCGCUGUGACCAUGGCAACACGGUGAAGCUGCAUGUCUGCAAUCUGCGGACGCUGCCGUCCUCGUUGAUGGGCUCUCUGGCACUGGAGUGCACUCUUAGCGGCAUCAGGCCAGCAGGAGGCCGAUCCACCUGGACGGCUACAGCCUGUGAUUUAUUCUCCCACUACUUGACCGGAGCCUCAGCUGUCAUGACUGUCAAGAAGUUGACAGAUGAGCGUCCAGUGCCCGUCACACUGUUUUGCUCCAACAGGACGGGACAGUUUGUCAGCAUUGCAGACUUUUUAACCAGUGAGGGCCUCGCCCUCAGGGAACGAAAACCAAGAAAUGCUGACGUUCAUGACCCCAAAGAAAGUGAUGCACAGUCUCCAGCGAGGGCGACACAGACUGAAUGCUCUGACGACGGCAACACUCACCCAUCUCCCUUUCUUAAACCUACACCUUCUCCGUCCUCACACACGCCUCCAAAACCAGCCCCCCGCACCAUCAUGUCUGCUGAGAAGGUGACGACUAAGUUGUACCAGCCCCCUGAGCUGCCGUGCCCCGGUCACAUCCAGAUAAGUGUGUCUGCCAUCAGAGAGGACGGUCUCAUUUACGGCAGAACAGAGAAUGCAGAGUGUCAGCUGGAGCAGCUCAGAGAGAGGAUUCACCAGAGCAUAAAGACAUUACCCAGACCUAAGUCUUACACCUGGAAGUCAGUCCUGGGCUGCGCCGUCAUUGGACCUGAUAUGUUGUGGUAUCGAGGACAGCUGCUGGAGGUGCUGGGAGGACACGUUAAGGUACAGUACGUGGACUAUGGCCUGGUGGAGAACAUCCCAGUGGUCCAUGUGUACCCCAUACUGCUGUGUGAAGACGUUCCUCAGCUCUGCAUGCCCUUCCAGCUGCACAACGUCAACCCUGUUGGUGGUAAGUGGCAACAGGAUGCAGUUGCCAUGCUGAGGGAGAUGUUGCUGAACCGCAGUGUGGACAUAGACAUCAUGGAGCUGCCGACUGACCCAAGGGGACCCCUCACAGUUGAGCUCUUCCUGGACGGGCUGAGCCUCAGCCAGAUCCUGUGUCACCACGAACACGCCACCAUAGACCAGACUGUAUCAACACCAAAGAGACUGAUGACGCCAGCCUCCCUGGAUGACUGGGACAUCGACACCGAGGGUCUGGAGGGCCCACAGGAGCCGUUGCUGGGACCCUUCAUCUACCCAGACCUGCCACAGGAGGGAGAGCACUUUCCAGUCAGGGUCAAGCACCUGUUGACCCCCACCGAGUUGUUCCUGUGGCCUCAGAGGGAGGGAGUGGCUGAUGCGGAGGUGGAUGGAGAGACUCUGGAUGAGGCACUAAGCAGAAUCAAUGCGAACAUCGACAGUCUGCCACAACUCAACAGCUUCUCUUGUGGUGACAUCAGUUCACUGCUGUUUCCAGGCGGUCCGUGUCUGGCAGAGUACAGUGAUGGGAAUUACUACCGGGCCAAGCUGAUAAGGUUCAUCAGUGCGGAGCCGAUCAUGGUCCUGGUCCAACAUGUGGACUUUGGCUCUGACGACACUCUGCCCAUCACCAAGCUGCGUGAGAUGCCGGCCGAGCUGCUGCGAUUUCCAUCACGGGCGCUCAAAGUCAAAGUCGCCGGCUUUAAGGCUCCGAGUGUCAGGAACAGGCAGGAAGACAUGCUGCCCUACAGCCCUGAGUGGAGCGUAAAGGCCACAAUGGAGAUGAUCGACCUGUUAAACGGCAGAAUCGAAGCCACUGUUGUGGCCCGGGAACCAGAGCUCACAGUGGUGCUGUACAAUGAGGAUGGAGAGCUGGUCCAUCUGCCUCUGGUGAGCAGCGGACUGGCCGAGCUCGAGUGAAGCGGAGCAGAGACGACCACCUCGACCCGCAGGGUACAGUUCAUGCAAGUUGACACGUCGACUUCCUGUUUUAUGAACAUUUCAAUUUCCUUGACUGCUGUUUUUAGUUUUGACAUGUUGCAGUAGUCUUUACGUUAACUGUUCCUGUAGAGCGGUGAUUUACUUCAAGUUUGGCUGUUUUGUGUUGGCAUUAGCUGUGCUGAUAGAGCACUUUGUUUUCCAGUCAUGUGACUUGUGAAGGUUCAGAUUAAAGUCUUCAGUGCCGUCUCA